AUGCAAGAAAACUGCAUUGUGGUGGAUAAGCUGCACUACACGGCAGCUUUGUCCUCCUGCACCAUGGCGCUGUCCUGGCCUUAUGCUUUGGCAGUUCUGAGGAUGUUGCGAGAUGCCCUACUCCAAGCAGACGUGGUACUGUAUAGCAGUGCCAUCAGCGUGCUGGGUGGCGGUGCGAAGUGGCCGCAUGCUGUGCAGUUGUUCUGGAGUUUGGGAGGCAUGCGGAUGGCCAGUGACAUCACUGCUGUCACAGCCGCCAUGCGCGCCUAUGCCACGGGCAGUAGGUGGCAGGCCUGCGCCUGGCUUUUGGCCCACGCGAGCGGCGCAGACCGCGUCGCUUGCACCACGGCUAUCAGCUCGUGCGAGAAGGCUCAGCGUUGGGAGGCAGCCCUUGCCUUCUUCGCAGCCGCAGGGGUGCGCAGCGUGCGCAAGGACGCGGCCAUGUACAAUGCCACCAUCGCCUCCAUCGCUUCCUCCUCCCAAGCCGGCUUGGGUUGGCUCGGGGUCCUGAGCCUGCUGCACGAUAUGGCACUGGAGAACAUCAAGAAAUCCACCACCACCUUGAAUUCGGCGCUCACGGCGAUGGAGAGGGCGGCAUGCUGGGAGUGGGCACUCUCCUUGUUCAGGGACUUGCCGCGAGCCUCCCUUGCCCCGGAUGUGAUCUCUUACAAUGCCACAAUGACGUCCUUUGAGAAGGAGAGCCGCUGGGACCGGGUCCUUUCCCUCUUAAAAGAAGCCAGGACCCUCCGACUGGCGGAUGGCAUCAGCUACAACUGCAGCAUCGCAGCCUGCCAGAAAGCAGAGAUGUGGCUCCAAGCCCUGGCGCUCUUACAGGACAUGAGCGGCCAGAAGGGUGGGCCGGAUGCGAUCGCCUACAACAGCGCCAUCCUCGCCUCUGCGGGCGCCUCGCGGUGGGAGGCUAUGCUCGCCUUGCUGCACCAGUGCCUGGCGAACCGGGUGGAGGCCGACAUGCAGAGCUGGGCGGCAUGCCUGUCCGAGUGCGAGAUCUGGUCGGCCCGGCGUGGGGAGGCUUUGCUGCUCAAGCAGCUGGUGAGCCAUCUUGGCCGCGGCUCUUUCCAGGUCCAGCCCUUGGAGUGCCCUAGAGACGCCUGGGUGCGUGGAACGUAA